UGUAAAUAAUUUUUAAAAAAUGUCAACUAGGAACGUCACUGCGCAAUAUGCAUCCGGCAAAACGAAAAAGAAAAAAAGAAAGAAGAAGGAUAUUUUCGAUAUAUCUGGUGUGAAAAAAAUCGUUUUAAGCGAAUUAGCUCAGAAAAUAAUAGGAUGUGUUGCUGGAGAGCAGGUAACCGCAGAAAAUCCUUGGAUGUUUGUCGGGAAAGAACCAAUAGCAGACAAUUUAGAAUUACAUGAAGAAAGUUCGGAAUUUUUACCAGUAAAAAAGGAAAUUUUAGCUUUUCCUGGCAAUCAGAUUUUGAUGGGUUACAUACCGGACGAAUCGAAAGAUACAGAUGAAUUUUAUAUUUGCAUAACUGAAGCAUCCACCAAAGCAGUAAAAGACAUUAUUGAAAAGAUGAAACAACAACAAGAGAAACGAUUAUAUAACACACUGAAUAAAACAAUCAGAGAUUGGAUACCAAUGGGAUCUGAGGAAGAGGUCGACGAAAAUCUAUUAAAAAACAACAGACCCUUAAUAGAAGUCGAAAUUGAAUCCCAGUAUCCGAUAUUUUCGUCAAAACCGGAAUUUCAAAUUGUUAAAGCCGAAAAUAGAAGAGACGGUUACGUGGAAUUGAAAUGGACAUCGGAGGAACGUAUUAUAAACGUGUAUAAAAAGAGAAUAGAUCAACCGGUUCAAGCGGCUCCAAGGUUCAUUACUAUGGAGGUACAGACCACUUGCACUUACCCCUCGAAUUCGGCCACUCAGUAUUCAUACGAAGUUGAAGAUACAACUAACAUUUUGGAAAAAUACGCAAAGUCCAUAAAAAACUACGUUGAGGAUAAUAUGGAUAGUCUAUCGGAUUUAUUGAGGGUGAAUUCGACUAUUAACUUUUACACGGACGAUUAUCUGGAUCUGAUCAAUACGAGCGCCAGUUUUUUAACCGGUACUACCGUGGAAGAAGUGAAAGAAUACAUGUCGUUUAUGGACGUCAAUCGUUGUAAAGAUAAAAUGAUAGCGGAUGUCGUUUGGCAUCCGAUGUGGUCCGGAAUCGUGGCUUUAGCUUAUACCUACGAAGCCCCAUUCAUAUAUCAUUACGGCCCCAACACAGAAGACAACGUUUUAAAAGCGGUUCACGGUAAUAAUUUAACUCUAAUUUGGAGCUGUUUGGACGGUCUAAGGCCCAAACUUAUACUAGAAUCGCCUAGAGAAGUGACCAAAUUGGCGUUUUGUAAAUUCGAUGAAAAUAUUUUGAUCGGCGGUUUGAAAAACGGUCAAAUCAUUAUAUGGGAUAUUCGUAACAAGUUACAGAAAGUUGAGGAGCUGGAAGUUUUGACUACUGCUCAACAAAAAUAUCGAGCUUAUAUGAAUUCAUUGAUGACUUGGAUGAAAAAUAUUCACGAUCUGGCUAUCAUAAGACCUACGGCCAUUUCAGAUUUGAGACAUUCGCACAAAGGACCAGUCACAGGUAUAAUUUGGUUAUCGCCCUUUUAUGAAUUCUCUAAACUCGGAAUGUUGAGAGAACUACCGGAAGAUUCCGAACAUUCUAUGCAAUUUAUCACUUCGAGCGAAGAUGGCAACGUACUGUUAUGGGAUCUCCUGAAAAAACCCACCAUACAACCGGGGGGAUUUAAACCGAGAAGAUUAAGGAGACUAAAACAAAAACCUAGCGCUUUGAUGUCGGACGUAUCGCCUUAUAGAAUCUAUCAUUUGAUUUUGAAACCGAUAUAUAAAGUAAUAGUACCGAGAUUGAGAAAAUUACCCCUGGCGAUAGCUAGUUGUCACGAAACUUACUGUUCGAUGAAAUACGCCGAAAUCGAUCCGAACAGAAGUAAAAAAAUCGCUCUGAACGAAAGAAUCAUGUACAAACCGAUUUUCAGCAGGGUCUAUCAAAAACCUUUAACGCCAAACUUAUUUAUCGGUAGUAUGGAAGGUGAUUUCAUUCAAAUGGUGUGGGAAGGUCAGGAUUUCGAUUCCGGCGAAAUAGUUAAUAGCGAAUCGGGCGUUAUAGUUUCGAGGGGGCGUUAUCACGACGGACCUAUCAAUUCGAUCGAAAUAUCGCCGGCGCACGAUAUUAUUUUAACCGUAGGCGGUAGGGUUUUCGCCCUUUGGACGCCGGAAUAUCAAAAUCGACCAUUACUUUGGAGGAAAAGGAAAUAUCUGUAUACUUCCGGCGAAUGGAACAUUCACGAACCUCAUUUAUUCACCAUUAAAGUUGUAAAUGGAGACGUCGAAUGUUGGUCUCUAGCUUACGAUUCGAAGUACCCAUCGUUUUCUUUACCGUUUUCGAGUAGUACUUUAACCGCUUCAGCUUUCCAUUCGCUCAAAUUGAAGAAACAAAUUUACGGAGCCGCGGAUCAAUUAGGUUCUUUUCGUUUGUUUUUCGUUCCCGAGGAUACGGCGCCGGGAUCUACGGAAUCUAAAUGCGAAAAAUUCAGAUACUUCAUUAUGCGCGAAUUGGAUAGAAAGAAAAAGUUUGUGUCGUGGCAGAAAGUUUGGAACGAGAAAAACGAAGAGCUGCUAUUAGAAAGGGGCACCGAAGAGCAAGAUUUACACGAAAAAGAAUUGGAAGAAAAAAGAGCGCAACAGGCGGAGAGUUUGGAUAAGAAGAGCGCCGCAGACGCCAUCGACGCCGCGGAAGCUAAUAAAAAAGGACCCCAACCAGGAAGAUACGUCGAAUGGAUUAUCGCUCAAAGACAAGCACAAGAGGAAGCGAGAAUCAAAGCGACAAUAAUAAGUAAGAAGCAAUUAGACACGAAAGAGCUCGAGAAGAGGAGAAAACCUUUACAGAAACUGGACGAGGAAAACGAACGCAAGAAAAGGAAACAAAAACAAAGAUUGAAGGAAGGAGAAUCGAUUUUUAUGAAUACGGUGACGUCUCUGUUUCCAGAUAUUAUGAAAGAAAAACCUCUUCCUCCACCCGAUCCGUAUUCCAGUCUAGAAUUGGAUUCCACAUCGCUUCAAGAGACCUACGUCGGUUUCCGUGAGCUGAGGGAACAUGCAGAGAAAUUUAUUACCAGUCAUCCGUAUAAUUAUGUAUUUUAUUGGAAAAAAGUUAUUGAUAACGGCAGAAGGAGAAGAGAAAAGUUGGCGAAUAUUAAAAAAGAUACAAGAAAAGCAUCAACCAGGUCAACUAUUGUGUCGAGUAUUGCAAUCGAUUUCAUGGAGGAAUUCGACGAAAAAGACGAAAAUGAAAGUAACGAAAAAGAAGAAAAAGAAGUCACCGAAUGAGGUUAAUUUUUUUAAGUACCGCAAUUUUUUGUUUUUUUUUUAUAUACUUUGUUGUAAAUAUUGUUUUCAGUUUUAUUACAUUAUCAAUAG